CUAGAGGUGGAAUCCGGUAGGUCGUGCAUAGCUAGAAAUAGGACGAGUCAGUCAAGUAAAAGAGGAAGACCGGCGGUACAUCGCACGGCUCGUGGAGGAUGCGGUGCAAGCUGUGCAACAAAGAGUUCGUCGGAACAGUUUCUAGAGUUGCAAAGCACUUUGUCCAACCAUCAGAUAAUGCAUGCUGCAAGGACACCACUGGGCAGAUGCUUGCUGCAGUUCGCAGGUUCCAUCCAUCAGCGGAGAUUGCCAAGAAGCUCAUUUCCAAAUUGGACCGGUAUUACGGGGAGCAGGGCCAUCCACCGGUUGAGGAGAAUUCCAUGGACUUGGAUGGAGAUGAUCACGUGAAUCUGAGCGGCCUGGUACUCCAUCGGCAGGGGGAGAUUGUCGGCAUGGCAUAUCGUCAUUGGAGGGGCCCCAGUUCAUUGUCUGUGGAGGGUAGUGGCAUUGCUUUUGCGCCGAUCUCCGUUGACAACAGAGCAGCCAGAAGCAUGCAGACGGAACUGCCAUCAGAGAUUGCGAAGCACUUGAGGGUUGUCUCUUUCUUCUUUGAAAACGCCAUUCCAAUCAAUGCUGCAAGGUCGGACUCGUACAAUAACAUGGAGAGGAUCCUGAACGAGCCAGCCAGAUCGAGGAAGAUGCUCAAAAUGCCAGGGUACAACUUCUUGAGGACCAAGGCCCUGCAGGCAGAGUAUAAAACCGUGGAUGCAGAUUUGGAGAAGAUCCGUGAUCCGCGGGAUGUUACAGACCUCACGUUCAUGACAGACGGCACGAUGACGCCCAGCAGCAAGCCUGCCAUCAACUUCAUUGUGGCCAGGGAUUUGGGGGCUGACAUGGUGAAGAGUCUGGAUAUGGAGGGGAAGGACAAGUCAGUUCCAGCUUUGGUGAGGUUGUGGGAGAAGGUGACCAGGGAGUUAGGAGUGCACAGAAUCAAUGCCAUAUGCACUGUGGCUCAGUGCAGGUCAACAUUUCAGCAAGGAAAGUACUGGCCGAGCACACAGACCCAGCAAUCAGGAGCAUUCCAGGGGUGUCCUGCGCAUGGCGCAUGCGGCAACUUGUUGAUGUGUGGCAUCGUUCCAGUGGCAUGGGUUGGAGAGGAUGACACCCGGGGGUCGGCAGACAUUGCCGGGGACAGCACGACCGUGGAGGGAAAUGCGGUUGUCGGUGUGCGUGGGGAUGAUCCAGUUGUUGCUGCAGCGAAUCUCACUGGGAAGGGUACAACAGUUCAGGAUGAUGGAGUUGUUGGUGCGCAUAAGGACGACCCUGUUGCUGGGGCAGCGGAGGCCACUGUGGUUGGGGUAGCUGACGAGGAGGUGGCUGAUGGAGCCACGCCAAGCACGGGCUUGGCGUGGAGUGAUAUCUUUCUUGGAGAGGAUGGAGGAGACGAUGGUGUUGUCAGUGCGGAUGGUGAAGUAUUGCCCGUCGAGGUACGGGCGCCAGACUGUGAGGGCGUGAAUCAUGGCGAGGAGUUCCUUCUCGUUGGAGGGGUAAUUCAUCUCCGCGGGCAGGAGCUUCUUGCUUGCGAAGGCGAUAGGGUAUUCGCCAGGUGGAGCCUCGGGGUGAGUGGGCGAGUCCUUGAUGGAGGGGGUCUCGGCGGUGUCGCGGGGGAAAUGUUGGGACAGUACGGCUCCGAUGGCGAAGUCGGAGGCGUCAGUGGUGACAUAGAAAUGGCGAGUGAGGUCGGCGAUCUUGAGGACAGGGGUCGUGGUGAUGGUUUGCUUGAGCUCGUCCUUGCGGGUGAGUUCGUGGAGAGGGUAAGAGAUAUCGGAAAAGUUGCGAAUGAACAAGCGGUAAUAGUUGGCAAGGCCAAGGAAGGAACGGAGUUGGAGGAGGGUCUUGGGUGGGGGGUACUCGACGAGGGCUGUGACCUUCGAGGGGUCCAUACGGAUGCCUUCAUCGGAGACAAUAUGGCCGAGGUAUUCGACGCUCGAAGCGGCAAACGUACAUUUGCUGAGCUUGGCGUAGAAUUUUUGCUCUCGGAGGAUCGCGAGGACUUGGCGGAGGUGCUGAAGGUGGGACUCGAAGGUGGGGCUGAAGACAAGGAUGUCAUCAAGGUAGACAACGACACAGACUUCGAGGAGGUUGCGGAAGAUGUGGUUCAUGGUGGAUUGGAAGGUAGCGGGGGCAUUGGUGAGUCCGAAUGGCAUCACGAGGAACUCGUAGUGCCCAAACCGAGAGCGGAAGGCGGUCUUGUGAGUGUCCUCCUCGCGGAUACGRAUCUGGUGGAAGCCACUACGAAGGUCGAUCUUGGUAAAGUACUUGGCCCCACGGAGMCGAUCAAGGAGCUCGAAAAUCCGAGGUAGGGGGUACUUGUUCUUGAUCGUGAUCCGGUUCAAGGCGCGGUAGUCUGUGCACAUGCGGAGUUCCGAAGUUCCACCUUUCUUGACGAAAAGGCAGCUGGUUCCGAAGGGGGAUGAACUUGGCUUAAUGAACCCUUUUUCAACGA